AUGACUUCGAAAAGCGUCCAGAAUGGCUUUCACAUCUUCCAGUUUGUUAACGCUGAGAGCUUGCAAUCUUAUCGCCUUCAAGCAGACCAUAACGACAUUGAGACGACUUGUUUGCAUGGUAGUUGGCUGUCUGAUGUUUGGAAGAAUACCGCGACGACUGCCCGUUCUACGCUCUCGAGCGCUUUCAACUACGCCAUCCAGGCGCUCGGAUGCACUAUUCAUUGUGAGGGACUUAUAUAUGGCUCUCCGUCCCGUUCCCUCAUGACUUUGCAGCACCGCGACACUCCAUAUAACAACCCCCAAAUAGAAUUCAAGUUCAACCCCGAGAACCUAACUCGCGCAAAAGAGAUAAUCUCCCAUUACCCGACACAGUACAAGAAAGCUGCUGUCAUCCCACUGCUUGACCUUGGACAACGGCAAAACAAGGGAUGGACGAGUAUUAGCGUGAUGAACUACGUGGCAGAGCUUCUAGAAAUGCCUCCCAUGCGUGUCUAUGAAGUGGCAACAUUCUACACCAUGUUCAACAGAGAACCUAUCGGCACUAACUUUGUUCAAGUCUGCACGACUACGCCUUGCAUGCUAAGAGGCUCAACUGAUAUUCUCAAUACUACCUUGUCGCAUCUGGGCGGAAUUAAGCCGGGCGAAACCACGAAGGAUGGCAAAUUCACAGUGAUCGAAGUCGAAUGUCAAGGAGCGUGCAGCAAUGCACCCAUGCUGGUUGUUAACGACGAUUUCUACGAAGACUUGACCCCCGAAUCCACCAAAAAAAUCUUAGACGCGUUUUCCAGAGGUGAAAAACCCAAGCCUGGCCCUCAAAGUAGUCGGCAGACGAGUGAAAAUUCUGCUGGUCUCACUGCCCUCACAAGCAAACCGUACGGACCUGGGGAGCAUUGUUCACCCGAAUUCCAGUAG